ACUACCAGGGUUUUACUUUCACCUGUUCAGGAUUUCAAGUUCAACGACUUUCCAAAUUAAUGCGAGAUUUCUCAACUCUCAAAGCAUAGUGUUGGUAAUUCCCAAAUCUGAGUGGGAUAAGAAGAUUGAUGUUUACAAGAGGUGGGGUUUGUCUGAGGAAGAGAUUCUUACAACAUUUCGAAAGUAUCCUUGGUGUAUGGUUACAUCUGUGGAUAAGAUUAUGGGAGUGAUGGACCAUUUUGUAAACAAAAUGGGUUGGGAGCCUUCUGUCAUUAUGAAGCAGUAUAAUCUUCUUACACUUAGCUUGGAGAAGAGAAUAAUUCCUCGUGCUUCAGUUCUUCAAUAUCUGUCAUCCACAGGUUUGCUUAAGAAUAAUCCUUAUAAGGAGGUUGCUUCGUUUCGACUUCCCGAAGAAACUUUCUUGCAGAGGUUUGUGAAUUGUUAUGACGAAGCACCCUGGUUAAUGAAGCUGUACAGAGAAGCUGGAUCUUUCAAAGAUGGCUAAGUGAAAGGAAAGCAGAAUUUGUAAUAUGUUGAUAUCAGAAUGAUACGGUGUUACUUGAUCUAGUUAAAUUCUUUGUAUUCAGAAUCAGAUUGGCUUUACUUUUAGUCAGAAAGAGCAUCUAGUCGAGAUUAGUUAUGGGUUAUUUGCAAUUUUUGUUUUCUUCUUGUGACAUGUUGUCUCUUGACUAAAGCACAGGCUCUGCAAUGUGAUGUAUAAUCAUUUAUCAUACUGUGAUCUCUAGCUUUGUUUA